UAAUGGGAAACAUCAAUAAAGUGUUCAUACAGACACGGAGAGGAAGAACAAAUUAUGGAUAUUAAAAAAAAAACAAAGAAACCUAUGGAUUUAUGAAUUUACCAAAUAAUCUUAAAUAUCUGUUUCUAUUGAAUUUUAGCAAAUGCAAAAUUCAUAUCAAUAGGAGAUGUGGACUUUUGCAUUUAUCUGCAUAUCAUGGAAUAAACUUCUAUGAUAUAUUAGAAAAAGCCAUUAAAAGCAAAGUGAAUACAGAAAUUAAAAGAAGUCUUGAAUAAUAAAUAAAAAGAUAUUAAAAGAUAUAUAAUGAGAAUAAUUGGGGUAAUGAAUUAUAAUAAAAAUAAUAAUAAUAAUAAUGA